AAUCAGGGCAAGGAUGCGCAGAAAGAACGAAAACCGGUUCACCGGCGGUUAUGCUCUCUGGUGAACUCAAGUAUACAUCACAUCACUUAUAAUUCAAACUUACUUCACGUUUUCGUAAUUCUAGUGUCGAAAAAUUGUUUCUCCACAAUAUGGAAGAUAAUUCAAAUUGGUCUCAUAGUAUUUAUAAGAGUGAUCCUUUGUUGUUUAAGAGUUAUAUCGGUAUGAGAGUGAACAUUUCAACUGUAGAUGGCACUACAAUUUCUGGUGUUGUUUAUACUGUUGAUCCUGUAUCAGAGAGUGUGGUAUUGCUGCAGACCAGUCAAGAGAAUCGUUUAAAAAUCGUUUUCGGUCAUGCAAUAAAAAAUAUAAAAAUCGAUUCAGAUAAACCGUGUAAGCUACCAGAAUUAUUUAUAAACACGCCAAGGAAUCUUCCUCAAUCAUCGUUAGAAGAACGAAGAAAUGUCGUAAUAAAGAUGCUUCAGAAAAAUAGAUUUUCGGUUAAAAAGGAAGAAGAUAUUUUAACGAUCGAGAAUGUAUUGUCGAUAAAGCCCCCGUAUGAACCGAACGAUUGCAUCUGUUCAAACAGUAUUAUUUUAGGAAAAAUUCAGAAUCUACUAUCUCGAAUUCAAACUUGAUAUUACAAACAAAAUAAAUAAUUAGGAUACGAGCGAAUUUGUUCAGGUUUCUCUUAAAAAAAAUUCGUUUUAUUUUAAAAAAUUUGCAAUCUAUAUACUUCGUUUUUUUUUUUAUCAUAAAAUAUUCUUUAUUUCGCAACUGUUACGUUGCCUAAAAUAAAGUUCCGCUUGACAUAAAUCAAUCGCAGAUAAAAAUUCGUUUCGUUUAUAGUAAAAUUUAAUUUUAAUAUAGUUAUCUAAUGGUAAUCUAAAUUUUACUAUAAUCUGAAUAUGUUGAAUUCGUAACGUUGCAUUUAAUUAUGAUUAAUUCACUCUAUUUUCGUGUAAAUGGAAAUUAGACGCACGUUAUCGAUUAGUAUAAAUCAAACUUUUUAGUAAUUUUUUCAAAAUAAAAUGCACAUUUAAUUCUUUUUCUUAUGAAUAAAUAGUUCGUUUUAUAAAAACAUCCUAACUGAAAAAAUAAUGCUUAUAAUACUUGUGCUGAAAAAUUGUUUAAUGUAAAACGAAAAAAUAUUUAUAUAUGUAUAUAAACGAUGCCAAAAUGGAAUAUAUAUAAUUAUUAAAAAAAAAAAAAAUUAAAUAUAUAAUCUAAUUUAAUAAAGGCAUUGUACUAAUUUGCAUUGUUUUCAAACCAGAAAACAUGUUCGCAAUUUUCGUUUCUAACUUGAAUCUUAUGCUGUGACAAUCGGUGAUUUUCUUAGCGAUAACUUUCGUCGUAUCUAUCUGUUGUACGCAAUAAAUACUUUCUGUUGAAUGCUUCAAGUACCUCCUUUUUAUAAAUGUUCACUGUACUAUGAAGAUUUCUUAGCAUUUAUCGAAGAAUACUAUAUACCCAUGUAGAGAAUUCUACGAAGCUCUGGGUCGUUGCACACGACGCGCUACUGCCUAUGUAACGUUUGCCACAGCAAAAGGAUUGAAAACCUCGAUACGAAAUAAAUGUAAUUGCGGCAGUGCGUCGGUGCAGCAAAAUGCGUUAAAGAGCCUCGACUAUCCAUAGAAAAAUUCUGGUUCGACUACCUUCCUUCCUU